ACAAAAACCCUAAACCCUUAACUUUUCUUCCUCUCUCUCUCUCUCUAAAACUCUGAAACUUUGUCUCUCUCUAAAACCCUGAAUAGGGAUUAGGGUUUUGCGAAGAUGAAUCGAAGGAACACUCGUUUGAGGAGGGAGUACUUGUACAGAAAGAGCUUAGAAGGCAAAGAACGCAUUCUCUAUGAGAAAAAGCGAAUGAUCAAAGAAGCCCUUCAAGAGGGAAAACCGAUUCCAACGGAGUUGAGAAACGAGGAGGCGGAGCUUCGGCACCAAAUUGACCUCGAGGACGAAAGCACUGCUGUCCCGAGGACACAUAUUGAUGAUGAGUAUGCAAAUGCAUCAGAAAGUGAUCCUAAAAUUUUGAUAACUACAUCCCGUAAUCCAAGUGCUCCACUUACACAGUUUGUAAAGGAAUUGAAGUUUGUUUUCCCUAAUGCACAACGGAUGAAUCGUGGUGGCCAGGUUAUUAAAGAAAUUAUUGAAACUUGCCGUGCACAUGAUUUUACGGAUGUUAUCCUAGUUCAUGAACACCGUGGUGUGCCAGAUGGUAUCACUAUAAGCCAUCUACCCUUUGGUCCGACUGCAUAUUUUGGAUUACUCAAUGUGGUUACAAGACACGACAUUAAGGACAAGAAAGCCAUUGGAACAAUGUCUGAGGCUUACCCACAUUUGAUACUUAACAAGUUUUCAACAAAGCUAGGUGAAAGGACAGCAAACAUUUUGAAGCAUCUUUUUCCAGUGCCAAAGCCAGAUACCAAACGCAUUAUAACUUUUGCUAAUGAGUCUGACUAUAUUUCAUUCAGGCAUCAUAUUUAUGAGAAGCAUGGAGGUCCUAAAUCCAUUGAGCUUAAAGAAGUUGGUCCUCGGUUUGAAAUGCGGCUUUAUAAGAUAACAUUAGGAACAUUGGAUCAAGAUGAAGCUCAGACUGAAUGGGUCAUCAGACCAUACAUGAACACAACCAAGAAAAGGAAGUUUCUUGGGGAUUGAUG